GCGUAAACGCUCAAGUUAGGAAUGGGUUUUGGGGUUCCGAACUGCAAGCAAACAGUCGGCCUUCGGCUUGCGGGCCGGGGGAUGUGGCACUGUGGAGUUCCAACGCCCGGGUUACCUACCACGGAGUAAAUCCAGUCCAGCGUGCGGCGACUCACUGGCCUCAUGGGGUCGCAGCCGCCGCCGCCGGGGUCUCCGCUGUCUCGCGAGGAGGGCGAGGCGCCCCCUCCGGCGCCUGCAGAGGAGGGGAGGCGCCGAAGCCGCCGGGUACGCCUUCGCGGAUCCUGCCGCCACCGGCCGAGCUUACUGGGCCGACGGGAGCUGGCCUCCGGCGGCCCAGCGGGACCUGCCACCGCGUCCUCGGAGAAACCAGGACUGCCUUACCUGUACCAGACAGGUCUACCACUGAGCUACAUAUAUUCCAAGAUGAUGGCCUCGGCUGCUAAGGAAUUUAAAAUGGAUAACUUUUCACCUAAAGCUGGCACUAGCAAAUUGCAGCAGACGGUCCCGGCUGAUGCCUCUCCUGAUUCUAAGUGUCCUAUAUGCUUGGACAGAUUCGAUAAUGUGUCUUACUUAGAUCGAUGCCUACAUAAGUUUUGUUUCCGCUGUGUGCAAGAGUGGUCAAAAAACAAAGCUGAAUGUCCACUGUGUAAACAGCCCUUUGAUUCUAUUUUCCAUUCUGUGAGGGCUGAAGAUGACUUCAAGGAAUAUGUCCUAAGGCCUUCAUAUAAUGGUUCUUUUACUGCUCCUGAGGUUCGAAGGUUCCGCUACCGGACAACUAUGACAAGAGAACGGAAUGCUUCCCUUUACUCAUCUGGUCCUACCAUAAAUAGAAGAACAACUACCCCACCAGACAGUGGAGUGCUGUUUGAAGGGUUAGGCAUCUCAGCAAGACCUAGAGAAGUUGAAAUUCCUCAAUUUAUGAGACAAAUGGCUUUAAGGAGGACAGCUACUGCAGAUGAAAGAUCUUUGCGGAAAAUUCAAGAACAAGAUAUUAUUAAUUUUAGACGAACUCUUUAUCGUGCUGGUGUUCGAGUUAGAAGCAUUGAAGAUGGUGGCCGCUACAGGGAUAUUUCAGCUGAGUUCUUCCGUAGAAAUCCCGCUUGCCUUCAUAGGUUAGUUCCUUGGUUAAAACGUGAGCUUACAGUUCUUUUUGGAACCCAUGGAUCUUUAGUCAAUAUUGUCCAGCACAUCAUUAUGAGUAACGUUACUCGCUAUGAUUUGGAGAGUCAGGCAUUUGUGUCUGACUUAAGACCAUUUUUGCUUAAUCGAACUGAGCAUUUUAUACACGAAUUUAUCAGUUUUGCUCGAUCUCCUUUCAACAUGGCAGCUUUUGACCAGCAUGCUAAUUAUGAUUGCCCUCCUUCGUCUGAAGAAGGCAGCCAUUCUGAUUCUUCAGUCAUAACGAUAUCACCAGAUGAAACUGAGACUCAAGAGCUGGAUAUGAAUGUAUCCACUGUUAGGCAGGCACCAUGGGAUGAUGAAACUCCCGGACCAUCUUACUCAAGUUCAGAGCAAGUGCAUGUUGGAAUGUCUUCCCUUUUAAAUUCAUCGGACAGUUCAGAUGAAGAACUUGUCCCCACAGGAGCCACCCCUCAGGUACAAGGACUACAGACAAAUGAUGACCUAAAUGAUGACAGCGACUCCUCAUCAGACAAUUGUGUCAUUGUUGGGUUUGUUAAGCCACUAGCUGAAAGGACCCCAGAACUUGUUGAGCUGUCUUCUGAUUCUGAGGAGUUGGGCUCUUAUGAGAAAAUGGAAACGGUGAAGACACAAGAACAAGAACAGUCUUACAGUUCUGAUGAUAGUGAUGUUUGUCGAUGUUCAUCUCCACGUUCUGUUCUUGGAAAGGAUGAACAAGUGAGUAAAAGCCAUUGUGAUUCUGAUACAAGAGUAAAAUCAAAGAAAGAAGAGAAACGAUCUACAUCAACUCCCAGAGACAGUUCAUCCACCAGAGGAGACAGAGCUUCUUCCCCAUACAUCAGUCGACACCGAAAGAGGGGAAGAUCGAGAAGUUCAGACUCACGGUCCCAGAGCAGAAGUGGGCAUGAUCAGAGGAAUCACAGGAAGCAUCAUGGGAAGAAAAGAAUGAAGAGCAAACGAUCCAGAAGUAGGGAGAGUAGCAGACCCAGAGCAAGAAGGGACAAAAAGAGAUCCAGAACUAGAGAUAGUAGCUGGUCAAGAAGAAGCCAGACGCUUUCUCUGAGUAGCGGAAGCACCAGCAGAUCAAGAUCUCGUAGCAGUGAUCAUGGCAAAAGAAGAUCACGAAGCAGAAAUCGAGAUCGCUAUUACUUGAGAAAUAAUUAUGGGAGCAAAUAUAAGUGGGAAUACACUUAUUAUAGCAGAAACAAGGACAGAGAUGGUUAUGAGUCAUCAUACAGGAAAAGGACUCUUUCAAGAGCCCGUUAUUCUAGACAAUCUUCAAGUCCAGAGCUCAAAAUUCAGUCUAUUUCUGAAAGAACAAAUGCUAGGAAGAAGAAUCACAGCGAAAGGAAAUACUACUACUAUGAAAGACACAGAUCAAGGAGCGUGUCCAGUAGUAGGUCAAGGACUACAUCUACUGGGCCUGACCGGGUGAGAAACGAAAAGCCUGGAGGGAAACGAAAGUACAAAACCCGGCAUUUGGAAGGUACUAAUGAAGUGGCUCAGCAGUCUCGUGAUUGUGCUUCCAAAGUGAAGGACAGUCACUACCAAAAAUCAUCAAAACUUGAUGGAAAUUAUAAAAAUGAGAGUGACAGCUUUUCAGAUAGCCGAUCAUCAGACAGAGAGACAAAACACAAGAAGAGGAAAAGGAGGACACGUAGCCUGAGUGUAGAGAUAGUUUAUGAAGGAAAAACUACUGACGCAACUAAACACCAUAAGAAGAAAAAGAAGAAGCAUAAGAAGAAGCAUAAGAAACACCAUGGAGACACUACUUCCCGUUCCCCAGUUGUCAUAACCAUCGACAGUGACAGUGACAAGGACCCUGAAGUGAAGGCAGCUGUGGAAUGCAGCGAUGGUAAUCCUACACAGCCUUUCCACAAUGAAGUUUUGACUCCUUCCUUGGAAGCCUUUGAAACGAGAGAUGUUGUCACAAUAGAAGAUGAGUUUGGUGUCCUGGAUAAGGAAUGUGAUGUUACUGCACUUUCUGAUGACUUGAGUACCAGCCGGACCCUGGAUAAUAGUGUACCACCAGCAGUCUCAGUUGAACAAACUCUUGAUGUAAGAGAAGAAAGCACCUUUGCCUCAGAUUUAGAGAGCCAGUCCAGUAACAUAUCUAUUCAGACUGAGCCAUCGAGACCACUGUCAUCUCCAAGGACCUCAUUGUUGUCGGCAGCUCUUGAUGGAGACUGUGAUAUGUCUUAAAACUGCCAAAGCAUCUCAUUGAUAAUUCAGAGGCUAUAGAAAAAUGUAGGGGGAAAAGUCAUCUACUGCAGUCUAGAUGACUUGUUGAAAAAACUUUGCCUCAAAAUAUUUUGUGUUUGUGUGUGUGCUAAUUUGUAAAAAAUCAUUUGUUCAAAAGGUAUGUAUGUCCUGUCCCCAGAUAUAUGCACUUUUAAGUGAAGAAAACGUUGCUAGCAGUUUAUUUAAAACUUGGGAACCUUUUUAAAUAAAAAUAAAAAAAUUAGAAGUUAUUUCAUAAAGCCAUAUGGUAUUGGCAUAUUUUUAUGGUAGUAUUUUUGAAUUUUUUUUCGAGAGUUACUCUGAAAAUGUGUUACAAGCUGGGAGAAUGCUUUUGGACAGUUAUUUUUCAUAAAAAAAUUGUAUGAUUGAAAACCAUUUUUUAGGGUGAAAUACAUCAUUUUAAUCUGCACAGGUUAUCUUGACAUCUGCCAAAAGUAGAGUUUAGUAUCUUGUUUAUAUAUUUGUUUAUCUGGACUGGCAGUAAAACAAAUGUGUAUUCAACAAAAGACAAUAAAAUAGACACAGUAAAAGAACUCAAGACCUUUAACUGUGCAACAUUGCUUCCUUCAAAGUUUGCUAGAGCCAAAGUCUUAAAAACCGGGUGACCAUUUACAGGUCCCAGUUUCAGUGGCUGAUCCAGGUCUUCAUUAACUGACCUUGAGUGUUUAUUUUCUUAAGGAAAAUUACUUUCUAGCAUUUGGCUUAAUACAAAAUGCAAGCCCUGACCAAACUUUCCUUUGGCAACUUUUCACAUCAAGUGACUCCUUAUUUUUAAUCUUUAGAGAAAAUAAAAUGGCUCUAUAUCUAGCUCAAUAAAAAGGAUUUUCAUUGACGAUCAGAACUUGAACUUAAUCCAGAUUUAGGUUUCAAUUUGCCUUGUUUUCCUGGUUUCAUUCUUGACUGGAAAUUGGAAGGUUUUUAGUGGGAGAACAAGGCAGGUAAACUCCUUGUCCUCAUGUAU